GAAUACCACAAAAAUAUUUGUGUAUGUUGUAUUAAGUUUUGCGAGUGUAUUUGCUAUGACGCGACAACAACUCAAAAAUUCUGGGAAAUUAAUGAAGAAAUCUUGCAUUCCAAAAAAUGACGUUACAGAAGAGCAAGUUGGUCAAAUAGAGCAAGGCAAAUUCAUCGAAGAAAGAAACGUUAUGUGUUACAUUGCAUGUAUCUACACAAUGACGCAAGUGGUAAAGAACAAUAAAUUAAACUAUGAUGCUGUUAUCAAGCAAGUUGAUACAAUGUUCCCGGUCGACAUGAGAGAUGCUGUGAAGGCGGCUGCUGCUAGCUGCAAGGAUGUCAGUAAGAAGUACAAGGAUAUAUGUGAAGCAUCAUAUUGGACGGCCAAAUGUAUGUACGAUUACGACCCUAAGAACUUUAUCUUUCCCUAA